AGAAGUGACUUCUCCAAAAAGUGUCUUAGUUCCCGGUCACCUGAGCUCCUCGCGACGCGGCUGCGGUAGCUUCGUGGAUACGUGUCCUACCCUAGUCCUUUCUAGCUACCCCAUCCUCUUUGCCUGCUCAUCCGCUUUGCCAUCUUAAACCUUCCAAGUGCCUGUCCUUUUCCUUCUGUCUUUCCCCAGCCGCGGGCCGGACCGGGCAGAGCUGGGCCGCCCAGGCGCGGUCGUGACCAUGGCGUCCCUCUUCAAGAAGAAAACCGUGGAUGAUGUAAUAAAGGAGCAGAAUCGAGAGUUACGAGGUACACAGAGGGCUAUAAUCAGAGAUCGAGCAGCUUUAGAGAAACAAGAAAAACAGCUGGAAUUAGAAAUUAAGAAAAUGGCCAAGAUUGGUAAUAAAGAAGCUUGCAGGGUUUUAGCAAAACAGCUUGUACAUCUACGGAAACAGAAAACAAGAACUUUUGCUGUAAGUUCAAAAGUCACUUCUAUGUCCACGCAAACAAAAGUGAUGAAUUCCCAGAUGAAGAUGGCCGGAGCGAUGUCUACUACAGCAAAAACAAUGCAGGCAGUUAACAAGAAGAUGGAUCCACAAAAGACAUUACAAACAAUGCAGAAUUUCCAGAAGGAAAAUAUGAAAAUGGAAAUGACUGAAGAAAUGAUCAAUGACACACUUGAUGACAUCUUUGAUGGCUCUGAUGAUGAAGAAGAAAGCCAGGAUAUUGUGAAUCAAGUUCUUGAUGAAAUUGGAAUCGAAAUCUCUGGAAAGAUGGCCAAAGCUCCAUCAGCUGCCCGAAGUUUACCAUCUGCUUCUACUUCAAAGGCUACAAUCUCUGAUGAAGAGAUUGAAAGGCAACUCAAAGCUUUAGGAGUAGAUUAGCCAAAAACGUCAUAAUAUUUUUUGCUUAAUUAUAAUUACUUAGUAUAAACCAGGCACAGUGCAGAUUCCUUUUACAAAACAAAUUUAUUUUGCAAAAAUAAAGACCAUGAGUGAACAGUUGUUUCCUAACCCAUGGCUAUUUCAAAAGAGUCUUUUGCCAAAGAAUAACAAUGAUGCAAAAAUGGGAGCAGUUUGGAUUUAAUUAGAACUAUAUAGAAGUGAUGAUGUGUAAAAACUUGACUUCUUUUCUGCAUGGCAUAGAGAAAUUAUAUUCAUUACUUAAUGUCAGUUUAUGUCUAAAUCUUUUUACACUGAAUACAAAAAUUUUGUUAAAUGCCAGUGGGCAUCAACUUAAAGAGACUUGUAAAAAUAUUAAAGGUAUAUCAUUAAUUCUGUA